GUUGAUAGGCAGAGCGGCGCGGCUGGCCCAAUGGGAGCGGGGCGCUGCGGCCGGGCCCGGGCGCAGGCGACAGCGGCGGGGCGCGGAGCGGCCGGGGCCCAGCGCUCAUCAUGCCCUGCAAGCUGAAGAAGGAGAAGGAGUCCCCGAAGUCGACCAAAAGCAGCACAAAGGCCGGCAGCAGCGGUGGCGGGAAGGAUGGAGGGGCAGAGAAUUCCGAAGAGGAACAGCAGCAGCAGCAGCAGCAGCAGCAGACACCAGCUUCAAAUAAGCGGCCCAGUAACAGCGCUCCCCCCCCAACCCAGCUGAAUAAGAUCAAGUACUCUGGGGGACCCCAGAUUGUGAAGAAGGAGCGCAGGCACAGCUCUUCCCGCUUCAAUCUGAGCAAAAACCGGGAGCUCCAAAAGCUCCCAGCCCUUAAAGAUGCUCCUCCACAUGAACGAGAAGAGCUUUUCAUCCAGAAGCUGCGGCAGUGCUGCGUGCUUUUUGACUUCAUUUCUGACCCCCUCAGUGACCUGAAGUUCAAGGAGGUGAAGCGAGCAGGUCUCAACGAGAUGGUAGAAUACAUCACUCACAACCGUGAUGUUGUCACUGAGGCCAUCUAUCCUGAAGCUGUUAUCAUGUUUUCAGUGAACCUCUUCCGGACGCUCCCGCCAUCAUCCAACCCCACAGGCGCGGAGUUUGACCCUGAGGAAGAUGAGCCUACACUAGAGGCUGCCUGGCCACACCUGCAGCUGGUGUAUGAGUUCUUCCUCCGGUUCUUGGAAUCACCUGAUUUUCAACCAAACGUAGCCAAGAAAUACAUCGACCAGAAGUUUGUACUGUCUCUGCUGGAUCUCUUUGACAGUGAAGACCCCAGAGAACGAGACUUCCUAAAGACUAUUCUGCACAGGAUCUAUGGGAAGUUCCUGGGUCUGCGAGCGUAUGUGAGGCGGCAGAUCAACAAUAUAUUUUACAGGUUCAUCUAUGAAACAGAGCACCACAAUGGGAUUGCAGAACUGCUGGAGAUCCUGGGAAGUAUAAUCAAUGGGUUUGCUUUGCCUCUGAAGGAAGAGCACAAGAUGUUCCUCAUCAGAGUCUUGUUACCCCUGCACAAGGUGAAGUCUCUCAGUGUUUACCACCCACAGUUGGCGUACUGUGUUGUACAGUUCUUGGAGAAAGACAGCAGCCUGACAGAGCCAGUGAUCGUGGGCUUGCUGAAGUUCUGGCCAAAAACUCACAGCCCCAAGGAGGUGAUGUUCCUGAACGAGCUGGAGGAGAUCUUGGAUGUGAUUGAGCCAUCUGAGUUUGUGAAAGUCAUGGAGCCCUUGUUCAGGCAGUUGGCCAAGUGUGUCUCCAGCCCACACUUCCAGGUGGCAGAGCGAGCACUGUACUACUGGAACAACGAAUAUAUCAUGAGCCUAAUCAGCGAUAACGCAGCCAAAAUCCUCCCGAUCAUGUUUCCAGCGCUCUACAAGAACUCCAAGAGUCACUGGAACAAGACAAUCCAUGGGCUGAUAUACAAUGCACUGAAGCUGUUCAUGGAGAUGAACCAAAAGCUUUUUGAUGAUUGCACACAGCAAUACAAGGCAGAGAAGCAGAAGGGAAGGUUCAGGAUGAAGGAACGAGAAGAAAUGUGGCAGAAAAUAGAGGAGCUGGCCCGGCUGAACCCCCAGUACCCCAUGUAUUACGCACCUCCACCAUUGCCUCCUGUCUGCUGUAUGGAAACGGAGACCCCCACUGCGGAGGACAUACAGCUACUGAAGAAAACAGUGGAGACAGAAGCUGUGCAGAUGCUGAAAGACAUAAAGAAGGAUAAAGUGUUGCUGCGCCGGAAAUCUGAGCUUCCUCAGGACGUCUACACUAUAAAAGCCCUGGAGGCCCACAAGAGAGCAGAAGAGUUCCUCACCUCAAGCCAGGAGGCAAUCUGACAGGCUCAGGAGCUGGCUCGGGAAGCUCUGCCCCAUCCCUUUCCCCCAGGGGUCACGGAAACACACUCAGUUCUCAUGUAUAACUAAGGAAUGAACAUGGUGAGCUGUGCCUGUCCUCCACUCCAUCUGCAUCCCUCCAGGGUAGAGCUGGGUUUACGUUAUAACUUGUAUUUUAACCACUGUCAUGUCCUUCUGCUUUUCCUCCUUUCUUCUGCUUUUCCACCUUGGGUGUGUGUGCGUGAAGGGAGCCUGCCUGCCCUGCCAUUGUGUCAGCCCGGGUAGGAGCUGCUUCAUUCCCAGCUGCCACCUGAUCCUUACUCAGCCUGGGAGCCAGACCCCGCUGCCCUGGCUCUGCGUUGGCCAGAGGUGACCGCGUGUGGCUCAGCGUGCUGCUGCGAUCCCCAAGUGCCAAGGCUCUGCCAUGCCUGCCCUGUGCAGCCAAGCCCUGCCGUGCUCAGGGGUUGAGCUGAGCAUGGAGCAGAGUUCUGCUGCCUCUCUGCUCUGCCUUGGGGUGCAGCAAUGCAGCUGGAGGGUCUUACAUACACCAGAGAUGUCUGCUUCCACCUUUCUUUUGCUUCAAGCCCCUUGUUCUGUUCCCCUGUCAGUGGAGUGGGGGUUCAGUGCUUUGCCACCCCCAGUAAAGCUGGGUGCAAGCACUACAUACUAUUGCAGCCCUCCCUUUAGAGCAUCCUUAGAAGCUCUCCUGUGGGAAAGUGAAUUCCUUCAGCUGUUUGUGUUGGUCUGUACUGACUUGUCUCCAUCACGGUGUCUUGGGUUAAUUGUGGGCCCAGAAUUAGCUUCCUGCUUUGUAGCAGAUGUCAGCCACUGACUUUGCUUUCUUCCUCUACCUGCUCAAUUAAAAUACUCCUGUAGCUCUCCCUUUGUUGCUAUAGCUCAUCCUUUGCUCUGCAGUGGCCAGGGUUUCUAGGAAGCUUGUGCUGCUAAAGUAAUUUCUGCAAACUAGUGGAAGCAAUGGAUGCACAUCACGGGGCCAGGCUGAGUUUCUGAGUAUUCAGUUGUCUCCUCUCUGUGACCAAUGGCUUGGUGCUACUGCUGAACUGCUUCCAUGGGUGCUCUGAGAGAAGUCCACCUUGCCGUGUUGCUCUGGCACCUGCUGUGGCAAGAGGCCCUUGUUGGUUGUCAUAUGGUGCAUCAGGGACUUCUUGUGCUAAUUUAGCCUUUAGAGCACGCUUGGGUGCUACUGUUUAUCCAGCUUUCUCCCUACCUUUUCUUGGUGCAGAUUCAGUGCCAGGCCAAGGUGCCACCUCAAAGGGGCCAGCUUGUGAUAGCAAAGGGUCUUCCUCACUUCUUACCUGCUGCGCCUGCUUUCUUGACACAUCAGCUUAAGUGGGCUUGCGAUAGCUUAGGGGGUCAGUGCUGGUCUGAUGCUGCUCUGCAGCACUGUGGGAUGUUGCAGAAGGUCCUGGUGUUAUCUUCUUGUCCUCACCAGUAAACCAUUCCCAGGUCAGAGGUUCGUCCCCCCUAAUCU